AUGGCCGCCCAGUUUUUCAUGUCCGGUCGCUCCAGCGAGCCCGCAUCAGGGGCGAAGCCCAUUCCGGUCCCUCCAGGUCUACCGUUCCUUGGUAACAUUGGCGAUAUCGAUCGGGAGCUGCCCCUGCGCUCCUUUGUCGCUCUUGCCGAGAAGUAUGGCGAGAUUUACCGCCUGAACUUGCCGGGCCGUACCAUGGUGGUCAACUCAAGCCACCGUCUUAUUAACGAGCUUUGCGACGAGAAACGAUUCAUCAAGAUUCCCAAAGGCGCGCUGGAUCAAAUCAGGAAUGGCGUUCACGAUGGCCUCUUUACUGCCCGGCCCAAUGAGCCUAAUUGGGCCAUUGCCCACCGAAUCUUGAUGCCAGCGCGAGCUGGAUAUCGAGCUUGGCUCCACAUACAAGAAUGCGAUGCUAACUUGAACAGAUUCGGGCCAGUGUCCAUUCGGGGAAUGUUUGGGGAAAUGCAUGAUGUAGCAACUCAGCUCGCCCUCAAGUUCGCUCGCCAUGGUCCAACCACGCCCAUCGCGGUUACGGAAGACUUCACACGCCUGGCACUUGACACGCUGGCUCUCUGCUCAAUGGGCUACCGUUUCAACAGCUACUACACGACAGGCUUACAUCCCUUUAUUGAAGCCAUGGGGGACUUUCUGACCGUGUCUGGCACACGUGCCAGUAGACCAAUGCCAGAUUGGUUUUACCGGGCAGAAGACGCCAAGUAUUUUCAAGAUAUUGAAGUACUUCGAAAAACUGCUAUGGAUGUCCUACGAUCACGAAAAGAGCAGCCGAAUGAUCGCAAGGAUCUCCUCAACGCCAUGCUGAACGGCGUGGACAGCAAGACUGGACAGCGCAUGACCGACGAGAGCAUCAUUGACAAUCUGAUCACCUUCCUCAUCGCUGGCCAUGAGACGACGUCCGGAACGCUUUCAUUUGCCUUUCAUGAGCUUAUGAAAAACCCUGAAGCAUACAGGAAGGCACAGAAGGAAGUCGACGAGGUGGUUGGAAAGGGACCGAUCACAGUUGAGCAUAUGUCCAAAGUGCCCUACAUCUCAGCCAUCCUGCGUGAAACCCUCAGACUGGAUUCACCCAUCACCAUAUUUAGUGUCGUUCCCGUAGAGGACACUUUGUUGGCUGGACAGUACCCGGUGUACAAGGACGAAGCCAUGAUGCUGUUCGUCAAACAGGCUCACGUGGACCCAGCAGUCUACGGAGACGAUGCCCACGAGUUCAAGCCGGAGCGCAUGUUGGAUGAACAAUUCCACAAGCUUCCAAAGAAUGCCUGGAAACCUUUCGGCAAUGGGGCUCGUGGAUGCAUCGGAAGACCAUUCGCCAUCCAGGAGGCUACCCUGGCGAUGGUUAUGCUCCUUCAGAACUUCAAUUUUGUUAUGGAUGAUCCGACUUACCGCUUGUCGCUCAAGCAGACCUUAACUAUCAAGCCGGACGGGUUCUACAUGCGGGCUAUCCUACGUGAUGGUCUCACGCCAAGCCAGCUGGAACAUCGCCUGGCCGGCACGGAAAUACCACCAAGUUCUGCGAAGCACCAGGGUUCGGGGCAUUCCCCGGGAGUCUCCGCCGACGGCAACGCGCAGCUUAUGAGGGUUUUGUAUGGUAGCAACAGUGGCACUUGCGAGUCACUGGCCCACCAACUAGCCAGGGAUGCCUCUCUCCAUGGCUUCAAAGCCGACGUCGAUUCCAUGGAUGCCGCGAAUGGCGCACUUCCUAGAAACCAGCCAGUCAUCAUCAUCACUGCGUCGUAUGAGGGCCAGGCUCCAGACAACGCUGCGCACUUCGUCUCUUGGGCGGAGAACGGCCUGGAUAAGACAUCGCUCGACGGCACCAACUAUGCCGUCUUUGGCGUCGGCCAUCAUGAUUGGGCGCAUACAUUUCACCGGAUUCCGAAGUUGAUGGACAGUAAGCUGGCAGAAGCAGGUGCUACACGUCUCGCUCCUAUCGGCUUGGCGGACGUUGCUUCAAGCGACACCUUCACCGACUUCGAAACCUGGGAGGACAAUGUACUGUGGCCGGCACUCAAGAAGCAGUAUGGCGCGGGCAAGAGCGCUGCCGAGCAUUCGCAUGCUUCUGGGUUGAAUGUCACGGUGACGAGCCCACGAACGUCUACUCUCCGCCAGGAUGUCUUGGAAGGCCUGGUUGUAGCAACCCGAAGGUUGACGGCUGAAGGAGAGCCGCUGAAGAAACACAUUGAAAUUGCUCUGCCUAGCGGGGAGACUUAUAGGGCUGGCGACUACCUCGCGGUCUUGCCAGUAAACCCCAAAGAGACCAUCCAGCGCGUCUUGCGUCAAUUCCACUUGCCAUGGGAUGCGCACAUCACCAUCGCUGGCGAUGGGCAGACAGUCCUUCCUACGAACACAUCGAACGUUUCCGCACUUUCUGACUUCACGAAGAACGUCGACGACCAAGCCUCCUUGAAGCGACUCGCAAACGAGGACUACCAGGAAGUUUUCCAGAAGCGAAUCUCCGUAUUAGACCUUUUAGAGAAGUUCACCUCGGUAGACCUUCCACUGGGAAAUUUCAUCGGCAUGCUCCCUCCAAUGAGAGUCAGACAGUAUUCGAUCUCUUCUUCCCCGCUUUGGAACCCUUCUCACGUCACUCUAACGUUCUCCGUUCUAGAGGCGCCCUCUAAGGCAGGCGAGGGGACCUAUGUCGGCGUUGCCUCGUCUUACUUGGACUCAUUGGCGCCUGGUGACAAGCUCCAUGUCUCGGUGCGUCAAUCCCACGCGGCGUUCCACCUACCGCAAGAUGUCGAGAAAACGCCGAUCAUUUGCAUCGCUGCCGGCACGGGUCUCGCACCUUUCCGUGGGUUCAUACAGGAGCGGGCGGAAAUGUUGAGUGCUGGCCGCAACAUAGCGCCUGCCAUCCUACUCGUCGGCUGCCGUGCCCCUGGAUGUGACGAUCUGUACGCCGACGAGCUCGCCAAGUGGGAGAAGAUCGGCGCAGUGACCGUAAAGCGAGCAUACAGCAGGGCUACGGAGAAGUCGAACGGACAGAAGUAUGUGCAGGAUGUGCUCAGAGAACGGAAAGACGAAGUCCUUGAGUAUUGGAAGAACGGCGCAAAGCUCUACAUAUGCGGCUCUCGAGCCGUCGGCGAGGGGGUCAAGGCGGAAAUGGUGAAGAUGAAGAUGGAUCUCGAGAAGAAGAACGGCAAUGACAUGACCGAGGAAGAAGCGAGGAAUUGGUGGGAAGAGAUGAGGAACGCGAGGUACGCAACCGAUGUGUUCGACUGA